AUGCCGUUCGGACUCAAAAACGCAGGAGCAACAUAUCAACGGCUCGUCAACAAAAUGUUUGCGGCUCAGCUCGGAAAAACUAUGGAGGUAUACAUCGACGAUAUGUUAGUCAAGUCACUCGAGGAGGAAGACCACGUCGCGCACCUACAAGAAUGUUUCGAACAGCUGAACAAGCACAACAUGAAGCUAAAUCCAGCGAAGUGCAGGUUCGCGGACGAAGCGCGAAGUGCAAAGGCUAACAGGAAGAGUUGCCGCGCUAAACAGGAAUUGAAGACUUAUCUGGCAAGCCCACCAAUCUUAGCAAAACCGGUCGAAGGAGAGCCGCUCUUCCUCUACAUCGCGGUGUCUGCUACAGCUGUAAGUGGGGUACUAAUCAGAGAAGAACGAUCCGAGCAAAAACCCAUUUUCUACAUCAGCCAGACGCUGACCGACGCCGAGACCCGCUACCCCCAGAUCGAGAAGGUCGCCCUAGCCGUCGUAGUCUCGGCUCGCAAGCUGCGCCCAUACUUUCAAUCGCAUUCGAGUGUUGUGUUCGCCACACUUCCGCUGCGCUCGAUCCUGCACAGCCCAAGCCAAUCCGGUCGGCUCGCCAAGUGGGCCAUAGAGCUGAGCGAAUACGACAUCGAGUAUCGAAAUAGGUCGUCUGCAAAAUCACAAGUGCUCGCUGAUUUUCUCAUUGAACUCCCGGCCGAAGCAACAAACGAGCCAACUCUAGACAAAGUAUGGACAUUGCACGUCGACAGCUCGUCAUCUAGACACGGCUCGAGGAUAGGAAUCCGCCUCACCUCUCCCACCGGAGAACUGUUAGAGCAGUCUUUUCGCCUGAACUUCCACACCUCGAAUAACGAAGCACUGAUCGCUGGCAUACGACUAGCGCAGGGAAUCGGGGUUCGAAAGAUAAGGACUUUUUGUGAUUCACAGCUCGUAGCAUGCCAGUUUAACGGAGAAUAUGAGGCAAAGGAUGGACGAAUGGGAGCUAACCUCAAGGUGGUUCGAGAGUUGGUGCAAAAAUUUGACGAGUUCGACCUCACGCAAAUUCCCCGAGGAGAAAACACCUCGGCUGACGCUUUGGCAGCACUCGCUUCAACCUCAGACCCAGAUCUCCGACGGACGAUCCCAGUCGAAUUCAUCGAACGUCCUAGUAUCGAAGAAGUGGGAGGAGUUCGGCUGAUAAAUCCUCCUGAACAAGAACCAGAGGACGACGAAGCCAUUCCAAUGGAAGAAGACGCCUCACCAGCCGAGCCGGAAUACGGCUGCGACAAAGAAAGGCUCGGAGCUAUCCGAGUGUACAUCGCCGAUGGAGAGGUGCCAACUGACAAACGGGAAGCCCGCAAACUAAAAGCUCAGACCGCACGUUACGUCCUCGUCGAUGGCGAGGUGUUUAAAUGGAGAUUCUCAGGGCCUUUCAUGACAUGCGUCGAAGGACCGGAGGCAAGAAAGAUCAUGCAUGAGGUGCACAGCGGCGCGUGCGGGAACCACUCCAGCGGAAGGUCUCUCGCUAUCAAGAUAAAACGGCACGGCUACUUCUGGCCCACGAUGAUCAAGGACUGCGAGAAAUUUACGGCUAAGUGCAAGAAGUGUCAGCGGCACGCCCCGACGAUUCAUCAACCUACCGAGCUGCUCUCAUUGAUUUCGUCGCCUUAUCCGUUCAUGAGAUGCAAAUCCACGCCAAGAUACCCCCAAGGGAACGGACAAGUUGAAGCAGCCAACAAAACAAUACUCGACGGUCUGAAAAAGAGGCUCGACGCCAAGAAGGGACGAUGGGCGGACGAACUCGAAGGAGUCCUUUGGUCUCAUCGGACAACUCCGCGCCGAGCCACCGGGGAAACUCCAUUCGCUCUAGUCUACGGAUCGGAGUGCGUAAUUCCCCCCAAGGUGGAUUUCCCAGGUAUUCGACGAAGACUUCUACCAGGGCAAGAGGGUUUGAACCACUUAAUGAUGCUAGAUGAGCUCGACCUAAUAAACGAAAAGCGCGACCAAGCCCUAGUUCGAAUCCAGAACUACCAACAAGCAACGGCGCGAUACUACAACAAAAACGUUCGUAGUCGAAGAUUCAAAGCAGGGGACCUCGUCCUCCGAAAGGUCUUCCAAAACACAGCCGAGAAGAACGCAGGAAAGCUCGGAGCAAAUUGGGAAGGUCCUUACAAAGUCACAAAAGUGGUUUGUCCAGGAGUCUACGAACUCGCGACACUAGCUGACGAAGCGAUUCCAAGAUCAUGGAACGCAAUGCAUCUAAAGAAGUAUUAUCACUAA